GUUUUGAAUGUUUCUUUUAGUCUCUCAAGAUGUCUAUCAAAGAAUCUUGUGGGAAAGGAGAAAAGUCUCAGAAAAAAGAGAUCACCUCUUCACCAACUUUCAUUGAAGAGAAGAAGGAGGGAGAAAUCUCCGUAGGCUCUACUAGUUCAGCGCACUGUAUUAAACCUGUUUCAACCAAGAAGAGAAAACUGGUUUGUUUUUCUCAUGACUUUUUGCAACUAUGCAUUCUUUCCCAGUUUCAUCGUGGAAUCACUGUUACAUGGAAACCAGAUGAUACAGACAUUGUAUACUAUAAUACAAACAGAAAACAAGAUCUGAAAAGAUUAAAUGUAGAAGUUGACACGCCCAGAAAGAGACCAAAAUUCAGUUCUUCAACCCAAGGACCUACUAAACUCCAAGUAACAUCAUAUUCAAAUAACAAUCAAGUUACUUCACAGAGUUGUUCAUCAAAUGGAACUAAAGAUACUAAACUGAAAGAUAGUAAAUUGACAAAUGUUGGAAGUAAGCUUGAUUAUGAAAUAAAAAAACAUAGGACCAUUAAAAUUACCAAAGAUAUGAAAUCUAAAGCUGAAGGCCAGACAAAGGAAAAGAAUUGGCCUCAUUCACUUAUUCAGGAGAAUAUGAAGGAACUCAAGAAAGAAAAGAACAAUAAACUUAGAGACAGUUCUGAAGAAUUGGAGAAAUGCAAGAAAAAUCAAUUUCCUCAGAAUUAUAACUUCAGCGAUAUAAACAAGGAACCACUUGAAUCUGGAAGGAAGAAGAUCAGCUUCAAAAUUCCCAAAAAAUCUUCUAGCAUCCUCCAGAAGCAUGUAGGAGAAAAUGUCUUUAAUGCAGAUUCUAGUAAGUCAAAGAUUAAGCAGGGGGAAAGGGAAUGCUUGAAAAGUUCCCAGAUGUCAUUAGAUUUGAACAGGCACAAAGCUGGAAACUUGUUUUCAGAUUCCACAUGCAAGCAGGCUGUUUGUGAGGGAAAAAGAAAAGAACACCACGAGCCUCCAGAAAUUAAUUCUUCAGAUUCUAAGGAAAACCGUACCCAGAAUUUUGAAGCUCCAUGUUCCUCAUUGUCAUCUGAGAAUAUCCAGGAUACAGAUGAAGAGAUGCAGAUAGUAGAAGAGCUCCAUGCUGCACGUGUGGGAAAAAGUGUGCCUUUACCUGUCGUUCCUCCUUCUGGAGAGUUAAUGAGUAUGGAAAUUGACUUGGUGGAAGAUGAUGUACAUUCAUCUACUGUAAAUACUGCCACAGACAAAAAACUUUUAAUUGUUAUUGACACAAAUAUUCUGAUGAAUCAUCUCAAAUUUGUUAAAAUUUUGAAGACAACAGAAAUACCAGGCUUUGACACACUUGUGUUAAUAAUUCCCUGGGUAGUUGUACAAGAGCUAGAUCGAAUGAAGGCAGGAAAAUUACUAAAACAUGUCCAGCAUAAAGCUGUACCUGCUAUUCAUUUCAUCAACGACAGCCUCAAAAGUCAAGAUAGGAAACUGUGGGGUCAGUCAUUACAGCUGGCAUCCCAAAAACUUUAUGGGUUGAGUGAUGAGAACAAUGAUGAUCGAGUAUUAAAAUGCUGUCUUCAGUACCAGGAGUUAUUUCCAUGUUCUCUUGUUAUUCUGUGCACGGAUGAUAGAAAUUUAAGAAGUAAAGGCCUGAUGAGUGGUGUGAAGUCACUCAGUAAAGAAGAAUUGGAUGCAGAGAUAAUAACUUUAGCUCUCAACACAAAUAUGUGUCAUCAGCCUUGUGUUUCUAAGCAGCAGUUGAAAGCAGAAGCAGCACCUGUAGAGGAGCCAUCUAAGGAAGAAUCUACAAAUUCUGCACUAUCCAUUCUACUUGAACGGAUUAUAUGUGAUCUUGAAAAAUCUCUUGGGACAGCUUUAUCUUCAAUAUUAGAAACAGAAAUGAAAAUUGCUUUUGGAAAUCUUUGGAUGGAGGUGCUGUACUUGAAACCACCAUGGACUCUAAUAAAUCUAUUGCAGUGCUUUAAAAAACAUUGGCUGGCUGUAUUUGGAUUAGUUAUGGAAAAUAAGUUGCUUUUAAUUAUUGAGAGCCUAUCUGAAAAUCUCUCUAAAGCUAAUAAUGCAGUGGAUUUUAAAACAGUAAAAUUCCUGCUUCAGGAUUCUAAAAGUUUGUUACAUGCCUUUAGUAUAAGGUCAAAUUAUGAUGGUAUUCUUCCACAGACCUUUGCUCAAGUAAACAGACUACUUCAAGUACUUGCAGAGGUCAGGACAAAACUAAAGCCAAAUUCUUCAGAAAGCACAGUGAAUAAAAAGCAGGAAGACACUUCUUUGAUGAAGCUUCAUAGUCAAGAAGUCACUGUUUCCUUGGAUUCUCAUCUUCCCCAGUUCACCAGGCAUCAGGAAAUCUGGUCUAUCCUGGAGAAUGUUUGGACUUCAAUAUAUCAAAACAGCACAGAUGUGUUUCAGACAUUAGACUCAAGUUCAACUCUGACCACUUCAAAAAUAGCAUCAUUUGAAGAAGCAUUUAUAUAUCUUCAAAAGUUGAUGGCAGUUGUGAAGGAUAUUCUUGAAGGAAUUCAAAGGAUUUUGGCUCCUAAUAGUAAUUACCAAGAUGUUGAGACUCUCUAUAACUUCCUAAUCAAGUAUGAGGUAAACAAAAAUGUCAAAUUUACUCCCCAGGAGCUUUAUGAUUGUGUUUCUCAGGCUGAGUAUCGGGAAAAAUUAACCAUUGGAUGCCGCCAACUGAUUGAGAUGGAGUAUACAAUGCAACAGUGCAAUGCAUCUGUCUAUAUGGAGGCCAAAAACAGAGGAUGGUGUGAAGACGUGUUCAACAAUAGGACUUAAGUUCUUGGGAGGAAUAACAUCUAUCAUCAUGAGUAACUUUCAAACUGGUUGCUUUUUUGAACCAAACCUAGGAUAAUUUCAAGAAAAUCUUUCAUAGAUACAAAAAAAAAAAAAGUUUUAUUGACGAUCUCAUUGAAUCUGCUGUAGGAUAAACUGUAGACCCAGCUCUUCUGGAGUUGCCAAUACUUCCUACCUCUAAGGAGAAGAGAGCCAUCUUCUUAGUGUUCCUGAGGCAGGAAUCACUGUGACAUGAUGGCAGCCCACAGCCUUAGUAUCUCUCCUAACUCUGAAUGUGGGCAUAUGACCAGACACUGCCAAGCCCUAAGACUUAAGACAUGACCAUGCUACCACAUUCCAUUAAUGGGUUGCUUUCAUGAAUAAACCGUCAUUUAUAUAAAACUGGUGGGGAAAACCACCAGCUCCUUCAGGGAUAUGAAGCAGAAUUUUAAUCUAGCACCUUCUCUGUAGCUGCUUUGGGAGUUGUGUCAUUUUUCUGUACAUUUCCAGUCGGGAAGAGCCCCUCUGAGGAUUCCCCUUAAUAUGAAGCAGUGUGGAUUUGGGGAAUCAAUUACAUGGCAGUGGUUGCUAUUUGCCCCUAUCUAAAACUCAAGUGUUUAAUUGACUUAGUUACACAUUAAGUUGGAAAUCCUUAUUUACUGGAGUGUAUUAAGCUUUUGUUAAUAGGGUAAAUCAAAUUUGAUUUUCUAUAAUUGUUUAUUUUUAAAUAGCAAUAAAUAACUUAUUUUAGUAAUAUUUGCUUUUCAGUUUACUUCCAUACUUUCUGAAAUGAGUAUGAGGUGUAAUUAUAAAAACGAGUCUUUCCAUUAACAAGAAAGAUUCUGGAUAUGCAGUAGUACUUGGUGCAGGAUCUGCUCAGUCGUAUGUUUACAAGGUGCGAAAACCCAUGUGUUAAAGUUUGUAGACAGAUGAGUGUCCCAGCAGGACCGUGCGCUUCUAGAUGGCUAGAAGCUUCAGUAUGUCAGGAAGUCUUCCUCCUCCUUGAUUUUUAAGACUAGAGUAUUGCUACAUAGCCCUAGUUAGCCUGAUAGGAUGGUUUGAUAUGGAAAUUGUGACAUUUUUCCUUCUUUGGUCUCCACAAGACUAGCAUUAUAGGCAUGCACUACCGUGUUAACUUCAGGAUCCUGCUUGCCAUGAAAGCAUGAGUACCUGAAUGCUGAUUCCCAGCUUCCACAUGAAAAGCCAGCACAGCUGCAUCUGCCUAUAAUCCUCAGGCCAUAGAGGCAGAGACAGGCAGAUCUCUAGAGCUCACUGGCCAGACACCAUCUCAAAAGUAAGGUGGAGAUGAUUGAGUCACUUCCUGAAAAAGGUUCCUUCAGUGAACCUUAAUCUCACUGACUCAGCUGGACCGCCUGUCCAGCAAGCCUCGGGGAUUCUUCUGUUUCUCCUGCACUAACAUUACGGGUAUGCACAGUUACUGGCUUUCUCACCGGGGUUCUGCGUAUCACACUCUUUAGGAAAGACAACAUUUGAGGGUGCUUUGACUCCAUAAGAAUGUCUUUAUGAGGCACAUUCCAAGAUCUAAUAGACUUGAGUUUAUUAAGUGGCUUAUGACCCAUAGAACAUACCACAGAGCUUCCAAGUUUUAAGUAGUCAGUUUGUCAACACUGACUACAACUGGUCAUACUGAAUUAAACAUAGGAUAGUGUAAACCUCUUGCAUGGAGGUUUAGAAACUCUAGUGGGUUGAUUAGUAAAAGAUCCUAAGAGCGAUAAAAAUAAAGGGUGGCCUGCUUGUCUGGUCUCUGGAUUGCAAGUCCUAUGAGUAGCACUUCAUAGCAUACAUAUUUGUCUGAAUACUCCGUAAAAAAAGACAUUCAUUCCAACCUAUCAUGAUAAUUCAAGGCUGAAUAGCACUCCACCAGACAGGUGGACCAGGAAGUUGUCCAGUCAGGAGUGUCAACAGUAUAACCUGGGCUGAGAGUUGACUAAGACAAUACAUAAACAGGAAUUGACUCAAGAAAGCUGUUCCAUUGAGAUGACAUUCACAAUAUUGAGAAAGUAUUGCUCAGGUCUGCCUUGUGAUGGUCUUUUCUGAAACCAGCAAAGACCUACAAUGUCAAGGUGAAACAGCAAUCUGUGAAGUUCCAAUCAGCAGUCACAAUUGUCCAAGUCUUGUGCAAAUCUUAGUGAAGUGUUAUAUACUUCAAUUCUUUACAGUUUUCCUUGACCCCAGAAAAUAGUACUAAGGACCUACUAAACCAGAAUAUCCUCUCCUAGGAAGGAAAUAGAUCCAUAUUUGUGAAAUUAGGUUGGAAAAAUUCAUAAAAUGGGACCAAAUAUCUAAACAUGAAAUUUUCAAAAAUAUUUAUAUUUUGUGUAUAUAAUAACUAUUUUGCCUGCAUGCAUGUGUGUGCCAGGUAUGUGUCUGAUGCCCAUAGACAUCAGAAGAGGGCAGUGUAUACCCUGGAACUGUACUUACAGUUGUCAGCCAACAUAUGGGUACUGGAAAUCAAACCUGGGCCCUCUGUAAAAGCCCUCUAUAGGUGCUCUUAACCUCUGUGCCAUCUCUGCAGUAUAGAAUUUUAUUUGAGGCAGGAUUAGGUAUUUGGUAAAAUCUGGCCAUGCUGACUUGAGGACCAGAGUAUGACACCUAGCACCCAGGUGAGAAGGCCAGUAAUGGUGCAAACCUGUAAUCCCAGUACAGGGGAAGCAGACAAGAGAAUCCCUGAGGCAUGCAGGACAAUCUAGCUGAGUCAGUGAGCUUAAGAUUCACUGAGGGACCUUGUCUCAGGAAGUGGCAGGAAUACAGUCCAUGCUGACCCCUGUUCUACACACACAACCAUGGAGGUACAGGCAUGGUGGCUCACCUGUAAUCCAGAUAUUGAGAAGGAAAGGGUAAGAUUGCCACAAGUUUGAGACCAGCCUGGUCUACAUAUUUAUUUCCAGAGGCUAGCCAUAGCAAUAAAUCAAGACUUAUGGUUCACAACCACCUAUAACUUCAGCUCCAGGUCAUUGAACCCUACUUUUAGCUUCUGGUUGGUGUGCACCUGGUACACAGGCAUACAUACAGACAAAACAUUCCCAUGCAUAAAACUAAAAAACAAAACCACAGAAAUAUCCAUGAAGCUGUGUGUGACACAACGAAUCCCAGCACUCAGGAGGCUGAGGCAGCAUUGCUGUUAGUUAAGUCGAGGCUAGUUUGGGCUACAUGAAAGGCACUCAAAUCUCAACUACUUCCUUCCUCCCUCUCCACCUGGCUGGGAUUACAGACUUGUGGCACCACACUGGGCUUGUAGAGUGCUACAGAUGAGUGCAGGUCGUCCUUGCUAAACAGACAUUCUACCAACUUAACUACACUUUAGCCCCACAAUUCCAGUUUCAACAUUAUUUUUUGAGUUUUAAUCUCUUUUCAACCUCUAUAACUCAACUGUAAACUAAUGGAUAUGAGCUAAACUAUCAACUCAGUCCAGAUGUCUCUAAGGUGAGAAUAACUAGUUCUCUAGUGAGGUAAAAUACAGAUUUGUCCUACAUUUCUUCUAAGUGUACUUGAACCUCUUUAUGGGUUAAGCUAGGGAAAAAAAAAAAAAAAACUCCUUUGUAGAAUUGUAUGUGCUUUACUAAAUACAUAGUCAUGCAAUCACCAGUUCAUUCAUGUCAGAAGCCACAUCACCCCUACAAAUUCUUGAGACCUUUUGUGGUUAACUCCCAUCCCUACCUUUAGGUUUAUGCCAGAUGUUUGCUCUUUCUUCUAUUCUGCCUUUUCCAGAAUGCUACAGAAUUAGAGCCUUUUGUAUUAUGCUUUCAAUUUGUGUAAGAUACCUGCCCAUGUGGAGGCUAAAGUUUAAUAUGGGGAUAGUUUCCUCACUUGUUUCUUCACCUUACUUAAAGCCGGGUGACCUGGGAGAUAGCUACAGCAUCGGGAUGUUCCAACAGGUGUGGACUUUUAGAACAUCUGUGGUCAGGCCUUCCUGUGUCUAAACAGAUUAAGCUGGGUCAGUAGAAAGUAAGUUGUGGUGUCUGCAUUGAGUGUUUCAUCAAAGUGAAAAGCCUGAAUGACAUCCCAGCAAAGAAAAAGUUUCCCUGCCUGCCAGCCUCGUGAAUUUACUUGCUGAAAAUGGUUGCCUAAGCAACACCCAGCAAAUCAUUUCUUUUUCCACUAUCAUGAAUCUCCAUUGUGGAGAAGUACCUUGUACAAUGACCACUGCAUCUAGUUGAAGACCAUCCUCAAGAGCUUUCCCAAGUCAAGGCCAAGCACUGAAACUUGAGUUAAGAUUGUCCUGCCAAAGAUGGGCUGAAUGAUUGUAUUGGGGGGAAAUUAGGUUGAUAUGUCUACAAAAGCCAAGAUGAAGAUGCUCAGCCAGUCUAUGCUAGAUGCUCUCAAAGGUUCAGUCUUCUGCCAUUGGUGGAAGUUCUCACACUUUGAUUAACAGUCAUAAGCUUCCUGAAUAGACAGCAUUAAGUUUAUUGUCCUUUAGAAGCAAUGUAAGGUUUUCAUCCAUAUUACAGUGUCCCCUAGUUUCAAGAUUAAAGGCCCUUGGGGCUGGAGAAGCGGACUCAUCACAAAUUUGCAUGUCAUCGUUGUGUAGGACCAUGCUAAUCUAUGGAUGGCUCCAGUUUUAAUAUGUGUUGUCAAAGCAGGGGUAGAUUUUUUCUUCUCAAUGCUUGCAAUCUAUCAGUGCCUACAGUAUACCAUUAGCCAGUUGGUAGGCUACUGUGGUUUCCAGUUUGGGGAGCUCUAAUCCCAUAUAGUUUUGAGUGUGAAUGAAUCUAAUUUUACUUUUAUAAAUAACCACCAAUGUAAUUGCUUUAUCCCAGUGUUACUGAAGUGCACUUUUCUUUUUUCCGAGACAGGGUUUCUCUUUGUAGCUUUUGAGCCUGUCCUGGAACUUGCUGUAGACCAGGCUGGCCUAGAGAUCUACCUUCCUCUGCCUCCCAAGUGCUGAGAUUAAAGGUGUGCGCCACCACAGCUCAACAAAAGCACUUUUCAAAAUGCCUACAUGAUCUUGCAUUUCCUCCUGAACCCUGGGAACUCAGUGGAGUCCAUGUAACUUCACUUUCUUUAUAUUCUAACAAUUUGGGGUUUUGUCUUUUUGUUGUUGUUGUUGUUUUGUCUUUUGUUUUUGUGACAGGGUUUCUCUGUGUAGCUUUGGAGCCUGUCCUGGAACUACCAUGCCAACAACUUUGGUAUUUUAAUACAUCUGUAUCAUUAUCAGUAAGGCGUAGAUUGUUAGCAGUGGAGUUCAGGGUCACAGGCACAAUAUUUUUCUGCCCUGUGUGAGACUCUUAACAAUGUUGAGUACUGCUUUGUUUUCCUUAGAUAAAUUCUAUGUAGCCCUGGCACUCACUAUGUAUUUAAUAGGCUGCCUCUGCCUCUGCCUCUGCAGUGCUGGGACUACAGGUUCGAGCCACAAUUAUAAAUUUUAUUGGCCAUUGUGUCGCUGUAUCAUUCUAAAUUCUGAUAAACUUUAUCCCACCCACACAGAACUUUGUAAGGGUAGAUUUGUUCUGAUUUUCCUAUUGUGACUCACUCAUUCACUUUAUACCUUGUUCCCUUUCUUGUAUGUUACCACUCAGAUCCUUCUCAGUUAAUGUACGUUAAAACUCACGUAGCUCCUUCAGAUUUUUUUCUUUUGUUGUUGUUGAAGGAAGAGAAACAAAAAAGCAAAGAAGGAAUACUACAGAGACUUUGCUGUGACUCAGGUGCCUGAGGCGACCAUGCAACUACAGGAUUGUUCUACCUGGACUCUAUCCUCUGCCUCUUUCUAGAGAUGUUAAAGGUUGGAUUAAAAACACUUGACUAGUUAA